AUGGGGAUUCUGUCGGAUAUGCGAAGCUACUGCGCACAGCAAUCCAUGGAAAGUCAUCGUCAUCGCAGUGAAGGCGAUGCCGUCAACAAGAUAAAUUCUUUCGCGAUUGCUUCUCCGGACGAGAAACGCAGCAGAGCUUUUGCCCGAGAAAGCGUUGUUGCAGGAUUUAAAGCAGCUGCAAUCGCGGCCGUACUCAGCGCGGUGCCUGUGGUAGUAGCUUGUCGCAAGAUUCCGUGGGCGAAGAGGAACCUAAAUCACACGGCUCAAGCGCUCAUCAUAUCCUCUGCAUCCAUUUCUGCCUUCUUCAUUACUGCUGACAAGGCUACUUUGGAGAGCGCAAGAAACAACAGUUACUAUGACAAAACAGCUUGA